GUCGAUAGUAGCGAACAGCUAAAGAAUGUCUCACGGAUGAAGCUGUAUCGGUACAGUUAUAGCCAGGAGUACCUGGACGUUGCUGGUCUUGCUACAGAUCCUGAGACUGGUGUUAUUGCACAGGAAGUCAAGGAAGUAUUACCAGAGGCUGUUAAGGAAAGCGACGACGUAACGCUUUCAGACGGCAAAAUGAUUGAAAAAUUUCUCGUUGUAAAUAAGGAAGUGGUUCUCGAGGAGCAGGGAUGGUGCACGCCUCGUUUCAUGCAGUUCCUCAUCAUUGUUCUUAUCCUUGUCAUGUGUCUGAGUAUUGGCGCCAUGGCUACCCUCUACGUCAUGCAAGACUCCAAACAAAAUGGUUACCCUGGCGACGCGUCAGAAGCUUUCAUCAAAAACACGCCUGGCACUACAACAAUCUUUCUUCUUAAUACUACCACUACCCCCAGGGGUUCAAGUGUCACAACGAGGUCGACCACGAAGGAUCCCAGUUCGUCGCCAAUGGUAACGGAAUCAACAACGGAAGCUAGAAAUACUGAAGAAGGGAGAACCACUGGCAUUCAUAGAUUUUCCGUACACCCUGCAGUACCAACAGUCGUUAAUACACACAACACGACGAUCAACGCCAAGUCAGGCAAGCCACCACCACUUCAUCCAGUCAACACSGAGUCACAGCAACACUCUCCAACACCCACCCCCUCGAAGCCUGUUUGUCAGUGCUGUUCAAGAACAGCAGAGAAAUGUGACUCGAUUCCUUACAAACUGUUGGCUAACAAACCUGUUUAUAGUGAGAUGUCUAAUGCUUUACCUCCAGUCAAGAUUCAGGGAACAGCAAAAGCUCAAGACAUGAAGCUAAGGAUCAUGGAAAAGAACUACGACCUUAAAUGCGACUCUUGCAGUUCCGUGAACGAAUCUUAUUUCAUACCAAUCAGUUCUACGAUUCCGUUAAAGCCAGUUACACUAGAAAUCAACUCAACCGGUGAUACAUUGGUGCUGUUGUGUCAUUAGGACAGCAAAGUAGAGUGUCCAGAUACUUCUACCCAACCACUGUAUGAUACAACAAAUUCGUUACCAGUCUUAUUACGUCAUGCAAGGAAUGCCUGUACAUUUUGGUCUCGGUAUCCCAUCAUUCCUUUCGCUCGCUCUCUAAAAAGACUGGGGCGAGUUACAAGUCAAAAGUGAUUUCACAGUAUAUAAUCACUCGAAUGAUUUUAAUAAAUAAAUAAUUUCUAAUAAUUAAUUACUAAAUCGCCCAUUCACAUAAAGUGUGUCUGUGGCGACACCUCUGUUAAUACGAAGAGGUAGAUACAUGUAUAUAUUUAUAAUAAGAUUAUUAUAUUGACUAGCAUCCUAGAUGACUUGUUCCCAGGGUCUACUCAUCCAGGUGAUACAGAGUGUGCCUGGGAAACGAUGUAGUAUGAUAAUAUUAAUUUAGCGAAAAGUAUUUUUAGAAAAUUGUGAUUCAAAAUAUGUUUUUGAGACAACAACGUGAGGCAUCACUUGUACUGAGGCUUCUCGACGUUAAGGGGGGUACACAAACCGUCGGGGAAGAGGGGUUACAAAUAAUUCCCCUGUACUUCCCCCUAAUAAAUAAAUUGAUAUCCUUGUGAAUAGCAGGGAGCGAUAUAUAUUUCUUAACAUUUAAUUCAAAUUAUUUUGCUAUAUUAGUAAUCAUCAAAUAGCUUUUAAAUACAAUUAAUGAUAAUUCAUUCUCGAUCUGAAAUAAAAAGUGUCUGCCUUUUUCGUUAA